AAUACUUAAUAAAAAUUUUAUAAUAAAAAAAAAUAAAUUGAAGAAAUAAACAAAAAAAUUUGGCUAAAAAAUAUUUAAACAAUCAUGCUUAGUAAAAUCCUUUCAUCUGAAUCUGAAAAAUUUAUCAAACUAGCUUUUGGAAAUGCUAAAAAUCUUGAAAGCAGCAAAUUUAUUUAUUCUAUUAAUUUAUUAAGUUAAGGUCCUAGUAAUGAUGAACUUAAAGUUAUAAUAAAAAAUGAAUAUACUCCUUCUCUUCCUAUUGAUUAUAAAGCCUUCAGCUUUUUGAGAUGCUUUUGCGAUAUUUAUGUUACUAGUGGAGAAAGUGUGAGAAAAUAAAAUAAUGAUGGAACUCAAUCAAAGCCUGAAUUCUUAGGAUUCAAAGAUUGGGAGUAGCUAUUUAAAUAGACACCUAACAACAAAAUAAACUACAUUUUAUCAUAAAAGUUUGACAAACAAACUUUGUAUUAAAUGAAUGCUAUAAAAGCUCCACACUAGAAAACGCUACUCACUAAUAAUCCAAAGCUAGAAGAGGAAAUUAAAAAAGACUAAAGCCUUUAAAACUAUAUCGAAUAAUAUUAAAUUUAGUUUACUCCUCCCAUGGAUAACUUACAAGAAGCAAUAAAUUAUUUACAAAAAACCUACCCAGAACAAAGGGUUCUUAUUGAAUUAGGUAUUACCACUGUUAAAUAAGCUCUUAAUAUUAUUGAUCCAGCUAUUUAACCUCUUGAUUUGCUAGUUUUAUCAAUCUACUAGGGAUUCUUAGAAGAAGAGUUUAUUGGUUAAAAUCAUCCUAAUUUGUAGUUUUUUUAAUAAAGCUUUGAUUUGGUUCACACUUCUGAAAAAUUUGAAGCAUAUAAAGGGUUCAUUUAAUUCUUUAUAUUCAAGAAAAAACACUCUAAUAACCUUUGA